AUGAAUUAGCAAAGUUUUGUAUAAGUUACUUAGGAAUAUGAUUAAGUAAAUAAAAGAGUCAAUUCAUUGAAAUUUUAAUUAAGAGAUAUCGAUUAAAAGAAUUUUCUAUUGUAGACAAAAUUAAAGGAUCUAAGAUAGAUAUCUCCUAAAAUAUAAAAAUCUCCGAUUACUUAAUUAUAAGAAUAAUUGAGAUUAGAUAGGAAAUAGAUAAUUGAAUAAUUUAAACCGAUUGUAGAAAAAGAAGGAAUUUAUUUAAGAAAUGAAAGACUUAAAACAGAAUCCUAAUUGCAAUAAUCAAAAAUAUGGGAUAUUUAACAGAAAAAAAUGAAAGUAAAAAUGAUUGAUGAAUUUGAUUCAGAAGUAACCAAAAGAAGAGCAGAAUAUUAAGAAAAAAAAAUAUAAGAAGUUAGGUAAAAAUAAUUAUAAGAAAUGCAAAUGAAUCGAUUAAUUGUAAAUAAAAAGCUUUUGGAAAUAACUAAACUAAAAAAACAAGAGAAAGAAUUGAUAGAAGAAAUAUAAAGGUAAAUAUAUAUUUAUUACUUUAGUGCUAAAACCAAAGAAUAAUAAUUAUGCAAUAAAUUCUGUAAUGUUUUGGCUUCAAAUGAUAAUAGCGUCAUUCUACCAUCAAUCUAAAAAUCAAAUAGUAGAAUGAGUUAAAAUUCAAAUUCAAAAUAUUAAAAUAAAGGUUGUUCUCCUUUCUAGAAAUCUGAUAAGGUUUUUGAUAGAUUAUAAAGAAGUGAAACAAGAAAUGAUAAUUCAAUUAUAGAAUUUGAAGAAAAUAGAAGAUUAUAAUUAGAAACAAGAAAAAAGUCACAAUCAAUUGAUUAACUAAAUAUUGGUUGUUAAACUAGUUUUCUAAAUAAAGAUCAAAAUUUUGAAAGCGUUUAAUAUUCUUAGAAUAAUGAUUCUUAUUUAAAUAGAUAAAAAGAUAAAACUUUGGAAAAAUCUCAAGCAAAUUAAACAUCAGAGGAAAGAAAGGAUUAAAAGGAGAAAAAUAAAUUAACAAGUAAUAAAAAGUAAUGA